UGUUUCAGCGCUGCGCAAUUCAACAUUAGCUGGCUGUCAUCGAUAACGGCCACAAUCGAUAACGCCUUUGUUUACUCCAGGGCGCAAAUUUGUAAAUUUCACUAAAUGGGCUCACGUCAACUCCACUUCGCCGUUUUUGGCUCCUGCGGCUUUGAGGCGGACACUUUGGUGGAGAUCUCCGGCCCCGGGAACAGUGGCAAAAGCCUGGUGCUCCAACAGUUGGUGGCCCACUGCCUGGCGCCCUACCAAUUCGGUGGUCGCCAGUGGAGCGUCCUGCUGAUCAAUCUGAGUCACAAGAUCAACCGCGAAUCUCUGGCCAAGAGCAUUAGGAUGGAGCUGAAGGCGUACACUGUCGGCGAAGUGGUUGCUGCGAAAUGCCCCACGGAUGAGCAGCUGGCCGAGAUUGCGGGCGAGUGCAUGAGUCGCGUGCGAUUCCUCAACUGUUUCGCGAACGAUGAUGUUUCCACGUCGCUAAUCGACGCCCGCUACGCGAUCAUCAAUGAUCCUGGCAUACAACUGGUUGCCAUGGACACACUCAGCGAAUUCUACUGGCUAGACGAGCCUAAGCUUACCAAGAGAAUGUCCAUGUAUCGCCACUAUCGAUUGCUCCAGGCGCGCCUGGAGAAGCUCUGCAAGGACGCCAUCGUGUGCGGCAUCUACACGGUGGAGUCUGCCUUCCUGGAGAAUCGCUUUGGCGAAAACCUGCCCGAGGCUGGCAUAAAGUACCAUGUCAGGAUGCAGAAUAUUCAAAACCAGAUACUCUUGAAUGGACUGCCUCUGUCGUUUAGCAAUGGGAUUCAUUUAAAUACAAAUACUAGCAAGGAAAUUACUUAGGCAUUGCUGAUUUAGUACAGAGUUUAAAGACUUAAUUAAAUUAUUAUUAUUAAUUUAAUUAUUAAAAUGAUGUUAGGAUCUGAUAGAAGUAAAUGAUUGUAUAUAGAGGGUACAAAUUGAUUAAUAGGUUAAGAAAAUUGUAUAUAGGUUAACAUUUUAACUUUAAAAAAAGAUUCCUUUUAGAGAUUA